GACGGAAGGACAGCAAGGAGCAACAGCGUGGACAUCAUCAGCAUGUUUGAGAGGGACGGGUGAGCUGAGGGCACCCUGAUGGGGCGGCGGUCAUGGGGGUGACACAUUAGUUGAAUCCACAGGAAUCGCCAAGGUUGAGAAAUGGCAAGCCCAGACAAGGACGGCGGGAGCAAAGACAAGCAUCCGUCCGAGGACGAGGAAAAAUGGGCCAAAGACGAGCACAAUCAGCAGGAGAAGGAGAGCGGGAAGGUGGUGGUGCCGCCCUCGGGUAGGGACACCAAGCGGGGCAAGCGGCGCACCCCAUGCAGGAGCGGCUGGGCCCUGACUGAGCGUUUGGCCAUCAACGUGUCGGGCAUGCGUUAUGAAACCCAGCUGCGCACCGUCGCUCAGUUCCCCAAGUCCUUACUAGGAGACCCCCGUAAGCGGCUGCGCUACUUCGACCCCGUGCGGAACGAGAUAUUCCUGGACCGCAGUCGGGUGUGCUUCGAGGCCAUCCUGUACUUUUACCAGUCAGGCGGUAGACUGCGGCGGCCCGCCAACGUGCCGCGCGAUGUGUUCUUGGAGGAGCUGCGCUUCUACCAGCUGGGUGAAGACAUCCUGGAACGUUUUAAGGAGGACGAGGGCUUCCCCAAGGAGGAGGAGCGAGCUCUGCCCAGCGGGAAGCUGCGACGCCGGCUAUGGAUGCUCUUCGAGUAUCCUGAGUCAUCCAGUGCUGCCCGCAUCAUUGCCAUCGUUAGCGUGUUGGUCAUCAUCAUCUCCAUCCUCAUCUUCUGCCUGGAGACCCUUCCUGAGUUCAGGAACGAGAGGGAGCAGAGAGAGAGGUUCACUAGCGUUCUUCACUCAGCCGUAAGCAACGAGAGCCUCCCACACUCGGCAGUGUUUUCCCCCUUCCAGGAUCCCUUCUUCAUCGUGGAGACCAUCUGUAUCUGCUGGUUCUCCUUUGAGCUCAUUAUGCGCUUCAGUUGCUCCCCCAGCAAGACACACUUCUUCAAGGACGUCAUGAACACCAUCGACUUCUUCGCUAUCAUUCCUUAUUUCGUCACACUGGGCACGGAGCUGGCCAGGGACAAAGGGGCGCAGCCCUCUGUGUCAUUAGCCCUGAUCCGCGUCAUCCGGCUAGUGAGGGUUUUCAGAAUCUUCAAGUUAUCCCGACACUCCAAAGGUCUCCAGAUCCUGGGCCAGACGCUGAAGGCCAGCCUGCGAGAACUUGCCCUGCUCAUCUUCUUUCUCUUCAUCGGCGUCAUCCUCUUCUCCAGCGCUGUCUAUUUCGCAGAGGUGGACCGCCCGGACACGAAUUUCACCAGCAUCCCGGAGGCCUUCUGGUGGGCUGUGGUUUCCAUGACGACAGUGGGCUACGGCGACAUGUAUCCCGAGACGGUAGGCGGAAAAUUGGUGGGCUCCAUGUGUGCCAUUGCCGGCGUGCUCACCAUCUCACUGCCUGUGCCUGUCAUCGUGUCCAACUUCAGCUACUUCUACCACCGCGAGAUGGAACGGGACGACACAAGCGUGUACCAACACGUGUCCACGUCCAUUUGGGAAGAUGAUGACGAAGAUAACGAGGAAGAGCUGGAUGAAGGGCCUGAGGACAUAGGAGAAAGCACACCACUCUAUGGAAGGAACAGCAAAGCAGAUGGAGAUCUUGGUCGGGUGAACUUUCUUCUCAGAGAACCUCUGGUCACUCAGGUGUGAAGGAACCACAGACGAGGGUGUUAGCUACUUUGGAAAAUCCAAAGGAGACAUGGACAGGGAGAACCUGCAAUCAACCUCAUUCAGGUCAAUUGACUUGUCGCUAAGCCAGAUCCCAGAAACGCAGAGGAAUAUCAGUUUGACAGGUUCCCAGCAGGCCUCUAUUGAACUUAGUGACCUAUUUGAUGAUUUUUAAGUUUGCAACUAGUAUUGGUGCUGCUAGCGUGGCAACUAAGCUAAUGAGGGUAACUCCUGGUUAGAACAUUUGUAUAGGCCUGAGUUUUGCUUUUUUUAAUGAUUGUAACAGUUAAUCUCGAUGUUGAGACAGUGGUUACAUUUAAUCCUUGAUAUGUAAGGUACAUUAUCUUAGACCCCUAUCUCUGGCCGAGAUGUCGC